AUGCAGCUGCAACACACGCCGCUGCUCCCCGUGGUCCUGCUGCUGCUGCUGCUGCAGCAUGCCACGGCCCUCGUGUCCCAGGACACCCUCUACGACUUCGACAACAGGACGCUCUACCUGUACCUGCACAACCACGACGCAGACGACGUGUCGCACUACGGCAGCUCCCUCAACAAGAUCUACCGCAUUCCGUUCAACACACGGCUCGCCUCCGGAGACGUCCUCAACUGCACCAUCGCGGCUCCGCCGCAGCAGGCCUGCGACGUCCUCAUCGCAAGCGCCGUUCUCUACUCCCUGUGCCCCUCCCAGCACGGCCUGUUGGGCGUCAGCAAGUACGACCACGUCUCGGACUCGUGGAAAAACGUCACGCUCAGGUCAAACAUCGAGUACUUCAGCGACGCCACAUACCUGUACACCGACUCCGACCGCACAGGGAUAUACAUCUUCUCCGGAACGCCGUCCUCGGACAGCCAGUCUCUCUCCACGAGGAUGAUCCGGCUCGACACAACCACGUGGGAGUCCUCGAACGCCACCUCGCAGGUCCAGCCGUCCCCCUUCUACAAGUCUACUGCUCUCCAGAUCAACUCAAACACACUCGCUCUCUUCGGCGGCGUCUCCUCGGACAACCAGAUGGUAAGCAUGAUGGAGAUACCAGUCUGGCAGUACAACAGCUGGGCGGAAAGACCCUGCAAUAUAUCGAGCGCCCAGGACGUCCAGCCAAGAACAGGCUCCCUAGUCCUGCCCGUCUUUUCGGAAACUAACCAAUUUGCUUACAAUGACACAUCAACGGACUUCGAGGUUUCUUCCGUCCUGAUGAUCGGCGGUAUUGGCGUGAACAAUACCGACGUGUAUCCGAAGAUAGCAGCGCUGAAUGUCUCCAGAAACGUGUGGGAGUGGGAGGAUCUCAGCAACGAUCUCAUUCUUGCCGAUAACAGCAAUGCGAAAACAGGCGUAAAGCUCUCACUAGAUUCCAUUCUGGCAGCAGGUAUAAUCUAUGACACCUUGUUAACAAUUUCUGUUUCACCCUCCUCAUCCUCCGCCUCAAACAACUCUAUCUCGAUGAACAAACGAUCUUUGAGUUCUGAAUUCGAGUUGACCAUCCAAUUAUACAACGCCACCAAUCUAAAGCGCCUAUCAGAGGUUGACUACACUACGAUCGCAGCUUCUGCCGCAUCAGUAAGACCCUUCUCACACUCAAACAAAAAUUUGACAAUCGCACUAUCUGUCAUUAUUCCAAUUUUGGUGAUCAUCAUAUUGACUUGUCUUGUUGUCUGGCUGUACAAACGUUACAGAAAAAGACAAGAGGACGAAAGAAAUGAAAAGGAAAUCAGAGAGAUUGUUGACUUUUACGAAAACCAACACAAACAAUUUUCCGAAACCACGUUCUCCUCUUACGACUCAGACUAUAAAUCCCAUGGUGGUAGUGAUUAUGAUUUUGAGAAAAUUAACAUCAAUAACUACGAUGACAGUGACGACCUAUCACUAAAUUCCUGGAGAAGAAAAAGGCAAGAUUUCCAACGACAAAAAAGCCUGUUUAGUAUUGUGAAGCCCAAAGUUGAUAACCUGCCAGAUUAUAGCUCGAAUUCAGUUCGAAGAUCGUUAUCGGUUGCUUCAAAUUUCAUAAGCCAUUCCUUGAAAAGAAGUGCUUCGACUCAGUCAUCUAUUGCCACUUUUGUGACCGCCAAAAGUUCUCUCAAUCAAUUUGAUAUUGGGAAUGAUAACAUUAACAAUGCAAAGUAUGAAUUCGAUAAUAACGCCAAUAUUAAUGGUAAUGUUGCUCGUAAGAAUUCAUUUGAAAACGACUUGUACACUAUUCAUUCCGAUGAGUCAACACUAUCACCCACCCUGCCUUCGCCACCUCCAGCUAUUCCGAAACACACAACUUUGGUGAGCUUCCCAAACAGGACGAGUUCAACUCUGAACCACAUUCCCGAAGAAGCCUCCGUAAGUACUUUUCAUUCACAAACUUUGGGGUUUAUACCUAUGAAACAGGCAUAUAAUAGUUCCCUUGUUUCAUUGCCACAACAUCACUAUAUGCAGCAGAUUUUUUCUCCAACAAUUGAUUCUUCUUUGACCAAUAGCUCGAGUGUUUACUCCUACAACUCAAAAUCUGCAAGACGACCACUAUCAAUGAUAUCUACGUCCACCAUGUCUUCAAACGUGAUUGUCAAUCCGUACUUAACUCAGGUACACACAGAAAAUACCAGAGUAUCUCCUCCAUACAAUAGUAAUGAUUACGAUGAGCAGGGAUCUAUUGCAGAUGAUGUACUGGAUAACAUGGAAGUCCAAAUUUUGGUUGGUUCCAAAAGACGCUCCAAACUCCGUGUUGUCAACCCCGAUGAGGAUGAGGAAAGCUUGAAGGAUGAGAAUGACAUUGUUGAUAUUUCUAAAGGUCUGAACAAAGAUCGGCAAAUUGAAGAAAAGUCAAGAUGUUCAAGCUCAAGCAAAGAACAAGGCGAAGACAAUGAAGUUCGAAAACGUGUCAUCAGUGAUGAAUACCACGAUGAGUCGUUUCUGUAG